CAGCUCUACGAAUAUUAUGGCCGAGUUUCUUCGUAACCACCCUGAGCUGCAGCCUUUCGUGCUCUCCAAUGUACAACUCACUGGUACCGCAAUCGGCGCAGGAGCCUACGGCAGCGUGGAGGAGGUGGCCGUGCCUGGAGCCGUCUGCGCCGCCAAAAAGAUUCACGACGUCUUCCUGAACUCGGCUCUGGUCCCGUCGUUCGUAAGGGAAUGCCAGCUGAUGAGCACCCUCCGCCACCCGAACAUCGUCCAGUUUCUUGGCUUGUGUUUCCUGCCCGGCUCUCGACUGCCGGCCCUCGUCAUGGACCGACUGCUGACGAGUCUUCACGACUUGCUGGACCCUAAAACCGACACCCCUCCCCCGCCCGACGCGCCCAAGCCCUUCUUCCCGCUGAGUCUAAAAUGCUCGAUCUUGCACAACGUGGCGAACGGACUGACCUACCUCCACGAGCGAUCGCCGCCCAUCAUCCACCGCGAUUUGUCGGCCAGAAACGUUCUCCUGAGCUCGGGGAUGGUGGCCAAGAUAGCGGACCUGGGCGUGGCUCGUAUCGUGCCUCGUAUGCGAGUUGCAGCCACCAUGACAAAGGGACCUGGGGCCAUCAUUUACAUGCCUCCAGAGGCCAUGGAAAGCAAACUUGAGGAGGAAAAUGAGGAAGAGAAAGACAAAAAGUCAAAGUAUGAUGCAAGCAUCGACAUCUUCUCUUUUGGUGUCGUGGCCAUUUUCACACUCUGCCAAACUUUCCCCUGCGACUUGCUAGCUCCCACCUAUCGUAAAGGUGGCCGUUUGCUUGCUAGAACUGAACUAGAGCGACGAGAGAGGUACAUGAGGAUGAUCUACAGGCAGCUACGCGAGAAGCAUCCUCUCCUCCAGAUGAUCGAGGGGUGUCUGGAGUUCCCUGAAGACCGGCCGAGCAUUCGUGAGGUGCUGCGUCUGUUGGAGGAGGCCAGAGCUGAAGUGAGAGACGAGCAGACAGACAUGAACAAAAUGGAGCUGUUGCGAGCUCUACAUACCCAGCCCAGGAACCAGGAGAAUGUUUAGCUAGAGGGACAGCUGAGGAGAAAGAAAGCAGAGUUAGCUGAGGCCCAGGGCCAACUGAGACAGAAGGAGGAACAGCUAACAAGAACUCAGCAACAGCUAGAAUCCAGUGAGAGAGAGAAACAGACAGUCAGACAACAAAUGCAAUCCAAGAACCAGGAGAACGCUGAGCUCCAGCAACAACUAGAAUCCAGUGAGAGAGAGAAACAGACAGUCAGGCAACAGUUGAUCAGCUCACAGAGAUGGAUUCAAGAACUGAGACAGAGAGAGACUGAGUUAGUGCAGGCCAAGGACAGGGAGCUAAGAGAGAAGGAGACAGUGAGAGAUGUGCGGACAAGGAAGGAGAGAGAGUUAGCUGAGACUCAGCAGCAACUGAGACAGAAGGAGGAACAGCUGCGAUCAAGUGAGGCUCUUGUGGCUGACUUCCAGAAGGCCCUCCAGCGGAG